GCUGGCGGGGACAAGGCCAUUCUGAAGAGGAGGUACGUUCUCCGUCUACGUCCCCUCUCCACGGUCAUCGCGCUUGAGGAGGUGCACCAGGACCACUUCCAGCUCGUCUCGUUCUUCAACUCGAUCGCGUCGGGCCUCGCGAUCCACUCCAGCUUCAUCACAGACGCGGAUGACGGGCAUCGGCGUGGUGGAGUCGCUGUGGUUCUUCCGCCGCUGGCUCGUCAAGGGCCCACCUUGCCGACGACAUCCUCAACUGUCUUGGUGCCAGGCCGAGCGAUGCUAGUCCGUGUACGGGAUGACUGCCGCACGCUCGACAUCUUCAACGUUCACAAUCAUGAUCUGUCCGCCCAGCAAGUUCGUGAAGUGGCUGCCGCGAUGCGAGCAUCGCAGCGCGCGGCUGCUGACGACCCCGACAUGUACACCACCUUUGUCCUCGGGGACUUCAAUUUUGCCACGCAUGAGGCUCUGGCGCUCGCUGCCCCUUCGGCGGCAGUGCGCAAGCAGUCGAAGUGCCACCACGUGCAGGCUCCCAAGUGGCGCCAGGCUCUCGCCCUCCUGACCGAGAUUGCGUGCGAGGACCCUGCGCACUACGAGAAGUUCAACGACUCGUGCGCGACGAUCGACCGCGUCUUCUGCUCGCUCACGGGCUGGCAGAUCUGCCAGCUGUAUGUCCAGAUCGGCGCGCUCGACACACCGGCGGCGGUCUUCGACAAAAAGCUCUCUGACCAUGCUGCUGUUGUUGUCUCGCUUGCCUGCCGCCCACCUCGACCUGUGGAGUCUCGCCCCAUGCCCAAACGCGUGUUCUCGGAGCCAGGUUUCAAGAGGCGUCUGGAAGGGCUGUGUUCUGAUGUCCCGUGGGACUCCAUGUCGCCCCCGAUCAAGUUAGAAAAGUACAAGGAGCUUUUGAAGAUUUCGGCCGCGGAGACCAGGGACACCCUCUUUCGGGACAGGCCGCACCACCCGCGCACCUGCCUGCUGCUUGCUCGUGCUCUGGCCCGAGUUGUCUGGAGGCAAGACCUGCGUAUGGCUUCCAGGCUCCAGGACUCCCAUCCCCUGGCCAUUGACAUGAUCUCGAUUGCCAACGGGAAGGUCGAGCUCCGCCACCCGCAGUCCUUCCAGGCCUGGGUCGACCAGGUCCAGACUGAGGCUGCCGAGACCGCGAAGACAGAACUUGAAGAGCGCAGACGGCGUGAAGGUGACCGCGUCCAGGUUCGUGCCCAGGUUCGUGCUCUAGAGCGGCGCGCUCGUCUGUGGUCCCCUCUCAAUCGCAGGAUCUCUCUCUCAGCUGUUCUCGCGCCAGAUGGCUCUACGGUCAGUGAGCCCUCGGACCGCCUGCGAGUGCUCACGGAACACUGGGCCCCUGUCUUCCAGAAAAAGCCGUGGGGCGCUGCUGCUGCUGCUCCCUACCUUCGUCGCCUCGCCCCUGACCUUCCUGCCGAUGUACACCCGCCGCCGCCGUCGAAAAAUAUGCUACGUCGAGCAAUGCGGUCUGCCCAGCACUCUGCUCCUGGUCCUGAUGCUCUGCCAUGCGCUGCGUGGGCUGUGUCUUUGUGGGGUGCCGACAUCUUGUGGGGCGCCCUUGGUUGGGUGCUCAGUGGCCAAGAACUCUUUGCGAACACUGGCGACGCGAUCCAGAUUUUUCUGCCCAAAAAUGUCACGGACUUGGAGCUCCGCGAUGGCAGCUGCUCUCGCUCCCCCGACAAGGUUAGAGUCUUGGGCCUUAGGAACUGUGACCUGAAGCUCAUCUCCUCCACCGUCAACCGUGCGAUCCGUCCUGCCUUGGAGGCCCUCGCCCCGCCGUGCCAGCGUGGAUUUAUACCCGGUAGGAAUUUCGGCAACAACAUCCUCGAGCUCGACGUUUCGAGUCGCCAGAUGUCGGUCGUCCCUCACGGUUCUGCUGAUAUACCUUUAUUGUUCUCCCUGGACUUCGGCCAAGCCUUCCCGUCUCUGAAUCAGGACUUCCUCAUCCUCUCCCUUAGGGCCCUCAAGCUGCCUGAUGCCUUCGUGUCCUUCGUCACGUUCCUCUAUGCGUCGGUGGAAGGGGUCGUCUCGCACCUAGGCACGCUAGUUCACAUCUUCUGGAUCCAGAGCGGCAUCAUCCAGGGUUGUGCCUUAUCGGGCACUCUGUAUGCGUUAGGUACGGCUGUCUUCUUGAUUGACCUGGCUUCCCGUGUUGAGGCCGCUGGUCUUGGCCUGGUUCGGGCCUGUGCUGAUGACAUUGGGGGCACUUUAUUGGCCAUACGGCACCUAGUACAUGUGUAUCGUGUUAUGCAGAUGGCCUCGGACUUGGCCAACCUCGCCCUGAAGGUCUCGAAAUGCAAGAUUGUCCCGUUGUCUGACAGGUUCUCGCCCGAGCUCUCGGCCACAGUCUCCUACUGGGUCUCCCGUGUGGUCCCCGAGUGGAGCUCGUUCGAGGUGGCUCCGAAGUUGCUCUACCUGGGCCUCUGGCUAGGUCCCGCUGUCGUUCCGUCUACUUGCUGGAUCGAUCCCGUCGCCAAAUUGCGUCUGAGGGCCCAAGCCAUAGGACGGGGAACCACUCCCGCCAGCCUUUCCGCUACACUAUACAAUACACGUGCCGUUACGACCAUAUCCUACGUGGCCCAAUUUUGCUGGCCGCCGACAGCAGUGCUACAACCUGAGCUGGCGACGCUCGCACAGGUGUUCCGCAUCCCGUUUGGCACCUUCGCUCUCGACUUCUGGACGCAGAUCGCGCAGUGGGGCGGCCCGCGCUGCACGCGGUGGGGGCACCUGGCCGUCGCCACCAUCACGCGUGCUGCUGUGCGCACUUUCCCGAGCUGGGACGUGCUCCUCCAACAGAUGCGGAACCACGUGCGCUCCGCCCCGACCGACGCCACCUUGUCCAUGCUGGCGACUGGCAAGCCGUACCCGUCCUUCUGGUUGGCCCCCGCCUUCGUGGAGAAUCUGGCUCUGGCCGCAGCUGGCACCCCUCCGCCUGGCCCGUUGGCCGCCUUUGGUGCACGUGCUGCUGACGCCGCGCUGGCUGAACUUCGAGCGGGCGACCGUCCUCGACCUCGCCCUCAGAGAGCUGCUCGCGAUGCGCUGCGGGCCUACGCGAUGCUGAACAGGCCCAUCACCGACCUCUUCUUGGCCCGCCUGAGGAAGUUCGCUGGCAGAUCUGCGGGCCUCCUUUCGAACAUCGACUGGGACGAGUGCAAGAGCGUCCUCGCCCGCUGCCCGUGCUCAUGGGCUAUGGCCGUCCUGCGCACGUGGUCUGAUGGUUGGAUGACCUCGGCCCGAAUCAUAUCACCCGACGGCCAGAAGCCCUGCGUAUUCGGAUGUUUGGGCAAGCUCGACUCGCUGAGGCACUACGCGAGGUGCCCUGUCAUGCACCGUGCCCUGCGGCAAGCACUAGCGAGACCGAUACCGUUGCCGUGGAUGGACAGAUGGGGUUUAUCUGCACCUUCGCUGGCCACCUACUCUGCGAUGGCUGCCGCGUACCACAUGUACAACGAAGCGAGGCUGGCGCCCGUGUGGCCGCUGUCCCCGAGCUUGCUGCGUAGCUGCGCUCUCGCUGGUGUUCGUGCGAUGCAGCUCGCGUCGCCGCUGAAGUGCUCGGAGAUCGACCGCGAGCAACUUGGCCGACGGGACUACCUCAUUCGCAGCUCUUCUUCGUCUUCCUCUUCGGUGUCGUCACCCCGACUUACGCCGGCGGUAUCUUCCUCGGACAGCGACUCGGACACCGUCUCCACAGCCAUUGCUACGAUCCCGUCGGACUCCGAUGCCUGUGAUGUUGGUCAGUGGAUCAUUGACUACGCGUGGACCUUUGAUAGCGGCUCCGUCCUUUUCUUCGAGGCCUUGCUCGUCGCAGUUGGCGGCUUCCAGUGGGUCAUUGGUCGCGAGGGCUCCGUUGACAGCGGCUCCGUCUUCUCCUCCGAGGCCUUGUCCGUCGCUGAGAGCGGCUGCCUGUGCUACCUCGGUCUCGAGCGGUCCUUUGGCGACGGCUCCGACUCCAUCUUCGAGGCCUUGCCCACCUUCGACGUGCUGCGCAACUCAGGCGCGCCCUGCGCGCCCCCGCCCCUGCCGCCCGCGGCAAAUUCUUCGGCUUCGUGGGCUUAG